AUGGAGCAGGCAUGCGAACGAUGCGCCGCCGCCGUGCCUGUCACUCUGUACAACUUACCAGGCAGCCCACCCUGUGGCUUUGUGCGCUGCAUCGCCAAGCACAUAGGUGUCGAACUCAAUGUCAGGAACGUAGACUUGGCACACAAGGAACACCUCGGCGAGGAUUACCUUAAGAUAAACCCUCUACACAAGGUCCCCACCAUUGACGACUAUGGAUUCAUCGUUUGCGAAAGACGACCGAGGAUAUAUUACCGUGGCUUUUCAUUUGUGCAGCGCGCUCGCUUCAUUUUCAAGAAAAGGUCCAGUGCUGAAGAAGAGACCGCUUUCGAAGAAAAUGUCGUCAAAGGCCUCCAGCAGUUAAAGAGAGAUGGCCAGUAUGCUAUCGGCGACAAGCUCACCGUUGCCGAUCUAUCCAUCGUCUCCCAUCUCACACUAGCUCUUGAGAUUGUCAUUUAG